ACUUGCUCUCUGUGUUCUUUCAUUAACGCAGCAGUCCAGGAGCGGAGAACAGAAGUGUCCGAUCAGGAACCAUGGGCCUCGGCAGAAGCAGUUCCAGUGGUUUAUCUCGGCUCGCCUUCAUCACCGCUCUGGCAUUCUGCAUGGCUUUUGUGCAGACAGAAACAGUGGCUGAUUCCUCCCCUACACUGCAGAAUGAUAACCAGGACACACUAUCCGGUGCUGGAGCCAUCGAUGUGACAACAAAAGUCCCUUACCAGGACCUGACGGGAAACACCUUCUCCUUUGACUAUGAGGACAGUACACAUUCAGUAACCCUGGAUGAGGAAGUUGUGCUGGGGCCAGGGGCCAUCACAGCUAUCGUCAUCGCAGUGUUCCUCGGAGCCUCUGUUCUUCUCGCUCUCAUUGUGAUCACGCUCAGAAAGUUCACUGCCUCUUAGGAAGGGACAUUUAUGUUUUCAUUUUCUCCCUUCCUCAGUCUCAUCUCUUCUCUUUGCUCGCCUUGUUUUUCCCUCUCCUCCAUCUGUACUCAUUGGUGGCAGGUCCCUCGUGAAAUGGUUGUUUGCAGUUGUUCUUUACUGUUACUCUGAGACUUGUUUUGGGAAUUCUUUCCCCUAAUCUUAAAAAUAAUUAUUGGCAUCGAUGGGCCCAUGAAGAACCAUCCAUGGAACCUUUUCAUUGCACAAAAGGUUCUUUAUAGUGGACAAAUGUUAUUUAGAUUAAAAUG